AUGCAGAUUUAUCACUGCCCAGUUCUGGAAGAAUCGCCGGAGGAGUGCUCGAACGCAAUUGUUGCAGCCAAUCCGUCGAUGAUCGCAGAAUGCACGACAAAGUUAUCGAAUAAUGGUACUAUUUUAGUGAUUCCGGAAGAGCAGAGUCCUAAUUUGCUGGACAAACCAGUGCCGAAAGUAAGCGGGACAACCGCGGGGCCCAUUUCAGUGACCCCCGAAGAGCAGAGUGCUAACUUGCUGGACAAACCAGUGCCGGAAGAUAGCGGCACUACCGCGGGGUCCUCAAAUACUAGCUGUGGACCAUUUACGACGGAUAUUUUGAAAACGUUACUAUUGCAAACAGCAACAGGAGAAUACAUUUUGGAAAAUGCUGAGAACUACGAUCUUUCGGAAAGUAGCAAGAAACUUGUGGUAGAUGUGAUCGCUCGUUACCAUUUGAGCCUGAAAAGGCGAGCAACUAUCGAUAUUAUCGAUGAGUACGCGCAAGUGGUAACCAAAGUUUUCAAAAAGGAGAAAAAAGAGUUGUAUUUUGUUCGACGAGAGAAAGGAAAUCCGGGCGGAAAAAUAUUCAGCCGGAUUAAUUAUUUGAACCAAUCUGACCGUCGUAGAAAAAAAGCCGAAAAUCAAUACCGACACGGAUGUGAAGAGCCAGUGAUUCAACCAGUGCCAGACGAAUCGUAUCACGCACUGUCGUGGCUGGAACUCAAUGAUUCACCAUGGAACACAGUGAUGCAUCAGUGGGAAGUAGCGUUCGCAGCCAGGCAGGCGAUUGAAAAGUGUUUUGCGAAAACGAUCAACAAAUUUCCGCAUAUUAAACAGGAGCACGGAUAUCAGCUGAUUGACAUUGAAUACCGAUUGCUACGGCUUGGAUCUGUUGACGGUGCCCAAAAGUGGAAAACAUUAGUGGAGCCCCUGUCAAAGUAUAUUACAAAGUACGGAAAGGAUCCAUCCACGAAAGAGCUUCUCAAAACACUAGCUAAAAAUGAUUGGACUAUUGACGCUCGGAUUCCUGCUGCUCUGCUCGCUCUGAACACUGUUUUGAUCCCAGUGAAAGCUGCCGCAGGGUUCAAGCCGACCAUUGCUACAUCACAAGCCGACACUGUGCUGUUUUCGACCAAUUUUGACGAAGCUCGCGAAAAAUACAAUCAAAUAGUCUUAGAUUGUGUGGAGACAGGAGCAGACAUUCCUCCGAAGCUGAUCGUAUUUGCUGAAGGCUAUUCGUCAACGAACAACGGAUGCAUGGUCGUUUAUAAAGGCCUCGAAUAUCAAUUGUCAAGUAUUUCGAGAGGAGUGGACGUUCUCAUCAAGCUUUCUGCUGUUCUGGGUUUGAACAUCUCCAAAGUGUCUAAACUCGUUUGGAUUUUUAUCCGCGAGCACUUGUAUAACAUCAAAAGCAAGCAUGCGUAUGCUAACAUUGACAGACUACAACAAUAUUUGCAGACGCAAGUACAAUGAACGUCAAAUGUCCUUUGAAAAAGUGUUGUAAACAAUUUUCAACCGCAACCGAUUUGAUACACCAUGUCAAAGAUUAUCAUAAAACUCCAACUCACUAUGAAUUAAGAUGUACCUUCCCGGGAUGUUUGCAAAUUUUUAGCACUUUUUCCAAUUUUAAAAAACAUGUCUCGAAUCAUCGUUUUAAAGCAGAAACAGUUUUGCUUCCAUCAGAGAAAAUUUUUGACACCGUAGCUCCAAUGCCCAUCAAAAAGCAAAAAAUUGAUGACUGUUCAAGUUCAAUGAGCGAUGUGUUACCGGAUUUACCAGAUUCUUUGAAUGAGCCACAGAAACUAGCGGUUGAAUUUACGUUAGCUUUACAUAAGAAAAAUAAUUUUACGCGUAAUGAUGUACAAGAUGUACAAAAUGCCACAAACAAAUUUGUCGGAAGCAUAUUGAACAAAAUAGAAGAUCUUAAUUUGAAAACGAACAAUCAUGAUUCUCAAAACCGCCUUGAAACGUUGUUAAGCACAAGUAAGACUGCUUUCGAAAUAAUCAACACCGAGUACAAAUUUUUAAAUCACAUAAAAAGAUUAGGGAUUUUCGAACCACCCGUGGUGAUUACCUUAGAAAAAGGUAUUCCGACAGUAGAGUCAAAUAAUUUUGCUGAUCAUAUAGGACGAAAAAACUGCCUGGCGCUUAAUCCAAUACAGUUCCAACUGAAAAAGUUUUUCGAAACGGGAGGCAUUAUGCAAAAGGUAUUAGACCAAAUUGAUAGCCUUGAAAAUUCCGAUAAUGUCAAUCAUUUUGUAAAUGG